AUGUCGCCUUCGUCUUCGGAGCCGUCUAGUAGGAGCUCCUCGGACGCUUUCUCAACUUUAACCAUUAGAAAGAAACGACAAGAACAACGAGCCAAAGCCCAAGCCCAGGCAUCGCGAAGCAAUCUUGGAGAAAGUAGAGACCACACACCACCUGAGACUCCAGGUACAAUAAUCUUCCAUGCGCCUGUUUCUCGUACAAGCGCCUUAGAUCCGAGAGGCCAUGCUCAGGCUUUAGCACGUGGUGGUCCUUCGUUGGAGUUUGGCUCAUACGAAGAACUCAACAUAAACAAUCCUCGUCGACUACCUUUUGACCUUCAGCAAGCUAUGUUGUACAAAGUAUGCGGAACGCUUGAGGCUGCAAUAUUCGACUUCACAAAGCGCUGGGCGCCAGAAUUCCUUGACGAUAAGAAUGUGAAGUCGGGUCGAGAAGUAGAGCUCAACUUUUGGGAGAAAUGGUUAGCCGCACCUGUUAUCCCUCUUGAAGCUUUCGAGAACCCUAAUGACAUUCCUCGAUAUCUUGAAUUACUGGGCAAGUUUAAAGAGAUCUGUCACACUUUCGUUCACCGAAAGAAGGCACCUGUUUUGUAUGUCGACCAGAUGGUAGCUGACGCCAUAGAAAUGACCAAGAUGAUCAAAGAUGAAGCACGUGCUGAGUCACUAGACGAAAUGCAUCAAAUACUCCAUCAUAUGGGAAGCCUUUUGCGUAAUCAAGUCACCGUUGAAAUGAAGGGGAUUCUUGAUGAUAGGCUCCAAACCAAUAGACAUCUUCAAAAGACGCCGAUGAGCUGGCUGGAGGCCAGUCGAUUGCAAGAAGAGGAGUCUGAGAUUUUGAGAGACCUGAAUCAUGAAAAUGACGUGUUCGCAUCUUUGUAUGCUAGGUCAUUGCAAGCCCUGGAGGAAAUUAUGGAACCGCUUUCCAAGAUGAUGAUUUUCUGA